CCUGCGCGCAGCGCUCCCGGCGCGGCGGCCGGGCCGAGACGGCCGGCGAGGGCCGAGACGGGGCCCGGCGGGGCUCGCGGGCGGCCCGGGCUGCGCCGCCGGCGCUGCGGAGCGGGCUCCUCUGCCUCGAGGACUCUCGAAGACUCCCGGCUGUGAUCAACCUUCGGUUCCAGAGGGGAAGCAAACUGUUACCAGAUCUCAGGACGGCGAAGCAGAGCGUUCCUCUCUGAGCAGUCCCACCGAUGCCCUGUUUUCAGACUGGGUUGAACCCGACUGCACGAUUGCAAGGCAGGCGCUUAUGCCACUGAGCUCAAUCCCCAGUUAAGCUGAUCUUGAGCUCAGAAUCCCAGGCUGGCCUCGUACUCUCAGGGACCCUCCCGCCUCUGCUUCCUGAGUGCUGUGAUUUACAGAGUUCAUGAGGUGGCCCAUGAAGAAAAGAGAAAGCAAUGCAAUCUGUGGUAGACUUCUGUUCCUGUCAUGUUUUGUCUCAUGGUCCUCGUGGUCACUAAAGUUCAGCAGGACCACAUACCCUGUGACCCAGGAGAUGUUGGUACUACAAUUGGCUUCCUCUUUCAACAAAAUUCGAAGAUGACAUCAAACUCUCUGUAGAUGCCAGCAGUUGCUGUGUUCUGUGAUCAUCAGUGUGAUCCCCAGGAACUUCUUACGUAACAAACGAAAUGAGCCCGGGGCGUGGAAAGUAUGACUUUUACAUUGGUUUGGGGCUGGCUAUGACCUCCAGCAUUUUCAUUGGAGGGAGUUUCAUUCUGAAGAAGAAGGGCCUUCUGCGCCUUGCCCGGAAGGGCUCCAUGAGAGCAGGUCAAGGUGGCCAUGCGUAUCUUAAAGAAUGGUUGUGGUGGGCUGGACUGCUGUCAAGUAUGUAUGGAGAACAUUCCAAGAGACUAUUAGAGCUGUGUGUUAAAGUAUUUGCAGAUGAUGUUGUAGCUUGCAAUACUAUGGGAGCUGGAGAGGUGGCCAACUUCGCUGCGUAUGCCUUUGCCCCAGCCACGCUGGUGACCCCGCUGGGAGCGCUCAGCGUCCUCGUAAGUGCCAUUCUUUCUUCAUACUUUCUCAAUGAAAGACUCAAUCUUCAUGGGAAAAUUGGGUGUUUGCUGAGUAUUCUAGGAUCUACAGUGAUGGUCAUCCACGCUCCAAAAGAGGAGGAGAUAGAGACCUUGAAUGAAAUGUCACACAAGUUAGGUGAUCCAGGCUUUGUGGUCUUUGCAACACUCGUGGUCAUCGUGUCCUUGAUCCUCAUCUUCGUGGUGGGGCCUCGCCACGGGCAGACCAACAUCCUGGUGUACAUUACCAUCUGCUCCGUGAUUGGUGCCUUCUCAGUCUCCUGCGUGAAGGGCCUGGGCAUCGCCAUCAAGGAGCUGGUGGCGGGCAGGCCUGUGCUGCAGCACCCGCUGGCCUGGGUCCUGCUGCUGAGCCUGGUGGUCUGCGUGAGUACUCAGAUCAACUACCUGAACCGGGCGCUGGACAUAUUCAACACGUCCAUCGUGACGCCCAUCUACUAUGUGUUCUUCACCACCUCGGUUUUAACCUGCUCGGCCAUUCUCUUUAAGGAGUGGCAGGACAUGCCCACAGACGAUGUCAUCGGAACGCUGAGUGGCUUCUUCACCAUCAUUGUGGGGAUAUUCUUGUUGCAUGCCUUUAAAGACGUCAGCUUUAGUCUAGCAAGUCUGCCCAUAUCUUUUCGCAAAGAUGAAAAAGCAGCGAAUGGCAAUCUCUCUAAUAUGUAUGAAGUCCUUAAUAACAACGAAGAAAGCUUACCUUGUGGCGCUGAACAGCACCCUGGUGAAAAUAUCUCCCGGAGAAAUGGGAGCCUGACCGCUUUUUAAGAAGGACGUGAUUUUAAAGGGUUAGUCUGCAGCUCUGUGACAGUGCCGAUUUUGAAUAUCAGAACGUGUCUGGAAAAGCAGUGUCCUCGACGUUCUCUAAAGACAAUCUUUUUUAAGGUUUCACUAAUUUGGACCAAGAAAUUACUUUUCCUAUAUUUAAACAAUGGUAGCUUACUAAAAUGACCUUAGUACACAGCCAGUUUCUAUUAACAUUGUAUUAUUGUAGAGGCAUUUUACAUUUUGAUUCUUUCUUCAAAAUCUAAAUGCAUUAAUGACAGUUUGAGGUCUAUAGAAAUGCUUUAUUUUUUCAUUGGUGAUGAAAGUCUGAAGUGUACACUUGUCAUCCCUACCCCUCCCUUUCUGGCCACAUCAGGCCUUUUGAUUGUAAAAAAGAGCAAAAUUAUCCCAAUACAUUAUCCUGUGACUUACGUUA